AUGGUCGAGGGCACCGAGAGCAGCGAGAGCUCCUGUGCACCCUCCGUUCACGACGCGGAGAAGGCAGAGGGCUCCAUUCUGGACGACGAGAAGGCGUUGGCCAGCUAUAUUGUUCCCGCUCUCGAGAAGGGAAGGAAGAAUGCCCUGCUCAAGAAGCCAAGCCUUUGGAUCAGGUUUAGGGUCUGGUAUAAUCCUUAUCGCAUGAUGUUCACGACCUCGUUUGCUCUCAACAUGAUUGCCAUUGUGGUUGCGUGCACUCAUUACUGGGGCUAUGCCGAAAAUCAUGCCGCCGCUCUCGCCCUUGGUAACCUUACUGCCGCAGUCGCUUGCCGCAAUGAGUUUUUCCUUCGUUAUUUCAUCUAUUGGCCUCUCGUCUGGUCUUCUGCGAAGUGGACUCCACUCUGGUGGCGUAAUUUCCUCACGGCUUUCAUUCAGCACAUCGGCGGUAUUCACUCCGGCACUGCCGCGGCGGGUGUUGCCUGGUUCAUGUUCCUGGUCAUCCGCACCUUCCAGCAUCAUGUUGCUAAACACACUCCCGCGGUGGUUCUGGCCUGGGGUAUCAUUACGCUGGUCGUGGUCUGGGUCACAAUGGUCGCUGCGGCUCCCUGGAUCCGUGCCCACCACCACAACUUCUUCGAGCGCCACCACCGCUUCGCCGGCUGGUUUUCGGUAGUUUUCGUCUGGAUCUUCGUCUGUCUUGCCGAUAGCUACAACACCACAACAGGCGCCUUCCACAGCAACGGCAACCACCUGGCCAGCACGCAAGAAUUCUGGUAUGCGCUCUUCAUAACCAUCCUCAUCGCUAUUCCCUGGCUCACCGUGCGCAAGGUUCCAGUAGAGAUCACGACUCCCUCGCCUCGUGUCGCCAUCAUCAAGUUCAAGAAGGGUAUCCAACAAGGUCUGCUCGGUCGUGUUAGCCGCAGCCCAAUCAUGGAGUACCACGGCUUUGGUAUCAUCUCCGAGGGCGUCGAGAGCAAUACACACUACAUCGUUGCCGGUGUUCAGGGCGACUGGACCCGCGGUCUCGUCUCUGACCCACCGAAGUACCUCUACACUCGCGAGAUGAAGUUCGCCGGCCUGCCCUACCUGUGCCACCUCUAUCGACGCGGCAUCGUCAUCUGCACAGGCUCUGGUAUCGGCGCCGUGUGUUCCACUGCGGUGCAGCUCGACAACUGGUUCUUGAUUUGGAUCGGUUCGGAUAUGGAGAAGACCUUUGGCCCGAUUCUCUUCGACAUGAUCCACCGCACGAUCCCCAAGGAGCGCUACAUCCUCUUUGACACCAAGAAGGAAGGCCGCCGCCCAGACACGAUGAAGAUGCUCAAGGAUGUCUAUGUCGCCUUCAAGGCUGAGGUCGUUAUCAUUACUUCUAACCCUCAAGGCAACGAGGAGCUCAUGCAGGGUUGUAAGGAGAACGGUAUGCACUCCUUCGGCCCUCUUUGGGAUUCAUAA